AUGGCGGUGGAGUACAGCUGUUGCGAGACGGAGUUUUUUGUUCACAUUCUGGUUAUCGUGUUGCUCGUGUUGUUUGCGGGCCUGAUGUCCGGGCUCACUUUGGGCCUCAUGUCUCUCAGCCUCGUCGAUCUUGAGGUGCUUGCCAAGUCUGGAACUCCCCGGGAUAAACAGCAUGCUGCAAAGAUACUACCUGUUGUCAAGAAUCAGCAUUUGUUACUCUGCACUCUGCUCAUCUGCAAUGCUGCUGCCAUGGAGGCACUCCCUAUUUUCCUUGAUAGUCUAGUUACGGCCUGGGGAGCAAUUCUUAUUUCAGUGACUUUGAUACUUCUAUUUGGUGAGAUCAUCCCACAAUCUGUUUGCUCUAGAUACGGACUUGCUAUUGGUGCAGCUGUUGCCCCCAUGGUUCGCAUUCUUGUUUGGAUCUGUUUUCCAGUUGCAUAUCCGAUAAGCAAGUUGUUGGACUAUCUGCUUGGCCAUCGGCACAGAGCUCUCUUUCGACGUGCUGAGUUGAAAACACUUGUUGAUUUGCAUGGCAAUGAGGCAGGGAAAGGUGGAGAACUCACACAUGACGAGACAACUAUCAUUGCUGGUGCACUUGAACUCACUGAGAAAACUGCCAGUGAUGCCAUGACUCCGAUAUCCGAAACUUUUACGAUUGAUGUAAAUGCGACCCUUGACAGGGUUGCAGAAACUAUGCCUUUGUACGACAUCCUGAACGAAUUCCAAAAGGGCCACAGCCACAUGGCUGUAGUAGUUAGACAAUCCACUAAAAUGAUGACCCCCCCACCCCCUACCCAGUCACCAGCCGAAGAUAUUAAGGAUGUGAGGGUCGAUAUUGACGGCGAGAAGAACCCGCUGGACAAGAGUGUGAAGACCAAAAGGUCACUUCAUAAAUGGAAGAGCUUCCCAAACAAUGGGAGCAAAUCCUUCAAGGGAGGCACGCCGAGGAGCAAGAAAUGGACAAAGAACAUGUAUUCGGACAUCUUGCAGAUAGAUGGGAGCCCGUUGCCGAAGCUUCCGGAAGAAGAAGAGGCGGUUGGGGUUAUUACUAUGGAAGAUGUCAUUGAAGAGCUUCUGCAGGAAGAGAUAUUCGAUGAGACGGAUCAUCAUGGAGAGGAUUCAUAG